AUUUUUUUCGUUAAAAAUGAGACCAAUUGGAAAAGAACACAACACCACUCUCUUUUCGUCUAUUUAAUUGAAGCUACUGGUUGCAACGUCAGUUUUUGGGAGUUGGGUUUGUUGUUCAGUCUUUGUCUCUUCUCUUUUCGUUUCUCUUUCUCUCCUAGCUUCCUCAAAUGGCCGGCCUGAGAUGGAGAGAGUUGUUGAACACGAUGUCGUUCCCCACAAGGCGAAUCUGGAAUCGUUUCACCGCUCGCGUCGGAUUACGCCACAACGGACUCUUGAGGUUACAAAACGAUGUGAGUUCUUGCGAGUACGAAGACAUACACAAGAUGUGGAAUCUGUUGCACAAGAUCGAAGAUCCGACACCAACACCGACACCGACACGUGACUCACGAAUCAAACAAAGGAAGAAAGCUUGUUGGAAUCUCUUCGGUUCAUAUCUUUGCCAAAGAUUCUGAUUAUAUAUAUACUAAAAAAAUUCCAAACCAUAGUUGUACCCUGUGAGAGCCUUGACGGGUCCCCUGCAAGUGUGGUGAGGGUUAUUGACAAAUUUCGCAAAAUAAUAAACUCCGAGGUUGCACAGUUUUUAUAACUGUUAUAUUUCCAUGGGAUGCCUCUCUGUAUGUUAUCUAUAAGUAUUAUCAUCACAUGAGUGUUGUAUAUAUGAUACAAAUGAUUCCUAUAGCCUAAUGUUACUACGUUCAUCUGUGUGUUUUUCUGAAUUUUGCCCAUUUACAUUAGAAGAGCAACUUUUGAAUUCAGAAUUGUAUGGCUGAUACAAUUAUUACU